ACUCUCCACACAUACACAGACUCACCACUCUCCACACAUACACAGACUCACCACUCUCCACACAUACACAGGCUCACCACUCUCCACACAUACACAGGCUCACCACUCUCCACACACGCCAGCCAUGCCAUCCCCGUCAGACUCCAGCAGUGUAGUGUCAGCCUCUGGGUCUAGGGGCUGGUCAGAUAGCUGCCGGGGCAUGUCUGGCCGUCAGGGUGGGGCCAAACUGCUGCUGUACCUGGGGCUGUGCCACCUGGGCCUGGGGGCCAUGGUCCUGGCCUUCUCCUUCACCAGCAUGGCCUUCACAUCCUCAGCCCGCGUCCGACAGUCCUGCCCCUUCUGGGCUGGCUUCUUUGUUGUGGCAUCAGGGUUAGUUGGCCUUAUCUCAUGGAGAAGACCACUCACUCUGGUGGUGUCCCUCUUCAUGCUGCUGUCUGCUGUGUGUGUCAUCCUUAGUCUGGCUGGAUCCAUGCUCUCCUGUCAGAACGCACAGAUGGUCAAGUCACUCCUCACCUGCCAGGUGGAGAGUGGGUUGUGUGUGUGUUGCGCCCCAACACACUCCUGCUCUAUAAACGAGGAGGAGACCCUGGUACUCUACCUAAACGCAGACUGCCACUCUGUCAGACAUCAGCUAAAGGACCUGUUGUUCAGUGCUUGUGGUCUGAGUAUUCUCUCUACCAUCAUCUGUACUCUCUCUACUGUCACCUGUAGUAUACACAUCUUCUCCCUGGACCUAGUGCACCUGCUUGCCCCGCACCGCUCUCGCUCCGUCAACCCAGAAUGCACCACUCCUCAGGACGCCUUCCUGACCAACAUCAUGGACUUUGAGGAGUUUGUCCCGCCCAUCCCUCCGCCCCCCUACUACCCCCCUGAAUACACCUGCAGCUCUGAGACAGACGCACAGAGUAUCACCUAUAACGGGUCGAUGGAGAGUCCAGUUCCUCUGUACCCCACUGACUGUCCCCCUCCUUACGAAUUAGUGAUGGGACAGAGAGCAGCUAGCCAGGCCACGGUGUUUGACAGCCAUGGGAAUGAGCUGUCUGGAGAGAGGGCCACAUCCACUGCCUUCAGCGGAGAGGUCUCCAUGGACAGUGGUUCUCUGUUGAUGUCGGAGAUCAUUGACAUCCCAGACGACUCCUCACCUUCAGAGGACUCCUGCCUCGUGGGGGUGAGGGCUAGGGGGGAGAGAGGGAGCACUGGGGGAGUGGAGGGGGGAGACGGGGGAGAAGGAGGGGAGUAUGUGAGCUUCCGUGGCCCCCCUCCCCAACCCCCGGAGAGUCCCCUGGUGGGCCCCAGGGCCAGGCGAUGCUACAGAGGAGAGAGGUCCAACUCCUGCUCCUCAUCUAGCACUGCUACAGCUACAUACAGGUCUCCAGUGUUGAGGCGACAGGCUAUGUUGGCCAGUAGUUGUUCCCAGUUGGAGCUGCUAGGGGGCGCCACCUCUCACCAGUGCUCCUCUAUCCUAGAGAAACGAGUCGGGCCUUGCACCCCUUUACGAUGCGGUUCCACCUCAGCAGCUCCUCCCACUUCCUCAUCCUCAGCUGUCAAUCAGCAGGGUGGUCAGGGCAACGGGGUACCCCUCCCCCUACAGCCGUUGUACCUGCGUCGUCAGGGCGGAAGGAGCGAGAGGGGGGAUUGUGACGGGCUUUUGCCCCUAGUGAGGUCACACAGCGAGCCUGGCCUCAGCUCUUCUGCUGAUACACUAUACUUCAGUGGUGGCUCAGUGGGCAGUAAAGGAGUGAGGGAGGGCUCUCAGACCUCUACAGACACAGGUCCAUCCUCCGAGGCAUGCCUGCUACCCCGCUCCUCUCUGGUGCCCCCCUCAGCCCUCCUCCCCAGGAAGGGCAGUGUGAAGGCAGCCACCAUGGGGCGCACCUUGCCCCCCUCCAAAGGCCCUGCCAACUCUCCCUUGCACCUGCCCAAAGAAUGCAACCGCUCUCUUGGGGACCUCAAGGUGACGAGGGGGUUGGUGGCUCGCUUCCUGCAGCGCUCCAAACGGAACCUGGCGUCCGCCGCAGAGCAUUCUGGGAACACGGGACAGGGUCAGAAAAGAAGAGGUGGGGUGGAGGGCAACGGGACAGGCCAUCUCCCUUUAGAGCAGGUGUUACGUAACUCCUGGGGGGCCAGCCAGGGAACCCACCCGCCAUACCCUCAUCACCGUGGUCACCACCACUCCCAUAGCGACAGCCGCCACAACCGCCGUCAUAGCAACCAACCCCCUGUGACGGAAGGGAUCCACUUGCGCAGCUGCGGCGACUUAAGCUCCUCCUCCUCUGCGUCGAUAUGGCGAUUACUGACGGCCAACCCCCCUCACGGGUCAUCAGGGGCACUGUACACAGAGUCAGCCCUGUAAGAGGGGGAGGAGGGAGGAAAGAUGGGGGGGGGGAGUAGAGGAGGCAGAAAGUGUACCCACACAGAGGAGAGUGGAGGCAUGGUAUGGUCUAAUGAAGAAGAGAUACGAAGGGAGGAGGAGAGGUGGAGGAUGGUAGGAUGAGUUAGACAGGGGAGAGGAAGGAUGAAGGAACAGGCUACUGACAUAUCCUGAUGGGCGGUGGAAGGAGUCAGCACUAUGAGGAGGGAACGACUGGACAGCCUUGUUCCAAUACUUUCAACAUGCAUCCUACCGCUUUCCCUUCCUCCUUCCCCUUGGAGCCCUCCUCUGCACCUGCGCCUGGCCUUCCUUUCCUGAACUGUGACCUCUCAACUAACCUUCAACCUCCACCUAGCCAUACUGAAAACAACUCUAUCUGUCCUCUCCAACUCUCUGGGAUCUCUCUCUAACUUCAAGACUAGAGAGGAUGGAGAGAAGGAGUAGGAUAAUGAAGUUUCCCCUAGACUCUGAGCUAUGGUCAGUUUAGUGUUUCUCCUCCUAAUGGUUAAGGUUAGGAUCAGUGGAGCAUAAGCUGAUCCUAGAUCUGUGUCUAAGGUAAACACUUUUCUGGAGCUGUGAAUAUCACUCUUACACGAACCGCAUACACUCAUUUAACUGCUCACUCUUUUUCAAAACUCAAAUGUACGUUCAUUUGUCCAGCUCUUCAUCCGGAGCGAAACUCACUUUAAGUGUUCACGAAACUCACCUUUUUGUCUUCCACUCGUGAAAUGGUUAACCUUCCUUUUCUCCUGAUGACACUGUAAAAUGUACAGAAAAAUGUACACUCGUUUUGCCCACUGACAGUGAAAGUUUAAUGGCCUGCUAGUGUCGCCAUAUGUUUACAAACUUACAUCGUUAUUUUAUGUGUGGUUAAUUUUCUUGAGGUAAAAUCAACAUGUAAUCAUCACCACCCCUUACCUAGUCCAUCUCCAAUCUGGCUUCAGAAGAAAGGUGCCUCAAACUCAAAACUCACACACCAUCUACCCCAGACUCAAAACUCACACACCAUCUACCCCAGACUCAAAACUCACACACCGUCUACCCCAGACUCAAAAAUCACACACCAUCUACCCCAGACUCAAAAAUCACACACCAUCUACCCCAGACUCAAAAAUCACACACCAUCUACCCCAAACUCAAAACGGACUAUUACACCGGUCUAAGACAUCAUACUCCUAAACUCUGCAUUUCCUGUCUCUGAGAUGCCCUUGGACAUAGCGAUUUGAUUUGUAUGUUAUGGUACAACCCCCCAUAAUGUACUCUGAAUGAAACAGGAGCCUUGUUCAAAUACUACAACUUCCCUCCCUGUGUAUCAAAUCCUACAAAAUAACUAACCUCCCCUAAGAAUGACUUUAGCUGCAUGUUUUGGCAAUGCUUCUUACCUUUCUCUCUCUCUCUUGCAUCCAAAACCUAGUUGCUCUGAGCCUUUGGAAAUGUGUUAAUGUAUAGUGAAGGGGAUGGAUCAAUGUUGUGCUGUUGAACCCAGAGCCGUAGAUAUACUGGGUUCUAACUAACUAUCAUCCAUGAACUCUGUGAUGUGUCUGGCUCUGGCUGAACGGUUAUGUCUGAUCAAUUACACCUCAGUAUGAUUCCCAAAGCACUAAAGAGAUUCUUGCAAUAAAUGUACAGAUACGUUUGUAUAGAUGUUGGGGAUCAGAUAUUCAGGAUGGUAGUUCCACCAAGACUUAGUGGGAACUAUGAGAAUCUGGAUAUUAUAGUCUGAUACUGGAGGUUGGACGACAUAAAGCGUGCAGUAUUCUUAGAGGACAUACUGUCUGGAUUGGAAUAGAAAGCUGGCUAACCUCAACCCAGUCAGACAAGAGUUAUACACUCAAUGGCGAUAUUGUGAAGACUUAAGUUUUGAAUAUACACAAUUAUGUAUGUAAGUGAUUUAAACACAACACACAGAGACACACAACCACCCACACACAGACACACAACCACACACACACACACACACACACACAAACACACAGAAGCACUGAGCUGUGUUAAAAAUGUUGCUAUAAUUUCUACCUCCUAUUUUGCACAGUGUAUAAUUGUAUGGCUUGAAGUGAUAGAGCCGACCUGAAUAAACAUAUUAUUCUCUUCAAAUAUGAUACAUAAAUGUUCUAAUGCAAGAACUUUUAAUGCAAGUCAUGUAUUUCAACAUACUGAAUAAAUGAUCCACAACAUGAAA